AUGCAGUACUUCGUGGCCAGGAGGAAAUUUCAGGUGAGUAAAAAAGUGCUUGAGAAAGUGUUAAACAAGAAGCAUUAUGAGCUGGUCACACUCAGGGGGGAGUUGUGCAGCCUGCUGUUGGGGCUGGGGGAUGGGAGGAGGAGGAGGAGGCCCAUCAGCUGUGUUUGGGAGUCGUGUAUUGUGCGGCUGUCCCACUCUCAGCGGUCCGCGGUUAAGGUCCUUCGCCGUAUGCAGUACUUCGUGGCCAGGAGGAAAUUUCAGCAAGCGCGGAAGCCCUAUGACGUACGUGACGUGAUCGAGCAGUAUUCCCAGGGCCACCUCAACAUGAUGGUCCGGAUCAAGGAGCUGCAGAGGAGGCUGGACGGAACGCUCGGAAAACCCGGAAUGUUUCUCCCAGGAAAGGGUGAAGAUAAAGAAUAUCCAACCAUCGGUGCUCGACUGAUCAGACUGGAGACUCAGGUAGGAGCUUCUGACUCUGCGUUGGUUUGA